AUGCCUCGCGUCAGCUUCCUCCAGCUGCUUUUGUCAUUGAUGCUCUUGUCCUUGGUCCUGGCCACGGAUCAUCCCACAAAGACUGAUGAGGACCUCUCCCAACAAUCUAUUCAGGAGAUGCUGGCUCAUGUUGAUUCCGUGCAUGCUGCUCUCCACGUUUUGUCCCACAAGUUUCAAGAUGGCGUGUUCCCAACUGAUAAGACUGCCGUUGAGGCUCUUGAGGAAGAGGAUAAAGAUGCUGCAUCCAUGCUACAGAUCUUUAAACGGGAGAGUAACACUACUACAUCUGAAGCUGCUUCAACUUCUUCUGCCUCUACUCCUACCAGCAGUGAGGUUGUCACCACAGUCGAUUCCACCACUACUACUGCCACUUCGGCCGAGUCAUCAAGCACUCCCGCGCCAACUACCACAGAGCCAACUUCCUCUGCGUCAUCUGCCAGCUCCUCAAGCUCUCCUCCCGCUUCUACUGAGGUGACUACUACUACCAGUCAAACUACAUCGACCUCAACCUCUACAUCUACCUCAACCUCUACAUCUACCUUAACAUCAACCACCUCGGACAAAACUUCCACAACCUCUACGUCUCAUAGCACUACUUCUGCCCCCUCAACCCUUACCACGACUACAAGCUCUAAGUCGUCGUCUGAUUCUACAUCUACAUCCACCACUGAGAGCUCUUACACCUCAACUUUCAAGAGUACCUCCACUCUUGCCGAUGGCAGCCUAAGCACCAUCACCUCCGUCACAGUUGUGCAUGUUCACCCAACUGCAGCCUCCGCCUCCACGACUACCACCUCAAAGCCAGGAUUGCAAACCGGUGCCGCAGCACUGACUACUGUAGGCCUGACCCGCGAGAUUGUGGCACUGGUCGGCGGAGCUGUCGUGUUCGCAAUUGCUCUGUAA